AAUUAGUUUAUGAAGGAUGUAUACCGUCUACCUAAUAAUUUCUCGACUCUUGUGGAUGCCGUCUGGACCGGGUCAAUCAAUCGCUCCGUCGCGUCUCCCUCCCUCUCUCUCUCUCUCUCUCUCUCUCUCUCUCUCUCUCAAAUUCUGCGUCUAAAAUUCCAUUUUCUCUUCGGAAAUGGCCGAGGAGCAAUUUGUGAAAUCUGUCUCUGAGGAUCGGGAAACAACAUGCUGGGGUUGUGGUUUGUGCCUUCGUCAUCCCUCUAAUGCUCCUGUAUUCAAGUGUGGUUGGUGUGGAGCAGUAACAGACCAAAAUUUAUCGAAAUGUAAAACCAAGUUACUUCCAUGGAGACGACUACGAGACCAGUUCUUUGUUUGUGUUCUCCUCAUAUUCAUGCUGUUUGUGAUAUGUGGUGGUGUGUGGGCCGUGUACCCUGUUGUUUUCUCCGUCAGUUUUUCAUUUGGAGUUUUUCACUCUGUAUUGAUUCUCAUUUUGUCAGUAAGUACUCUCUUGAUGUUCGGACAUGCGGCAUUCACUUGUGCUGGUAGCCCCCCAACUAUAAUGUGGGGUAGUUAUCCAGCUGUGGGGAAAGGAGAGCUUGAUGACUAUAUCUUCUGUCACUUUUGUUCAAGGCCAAAAUCACCUAGAACCCAUCACUGCCGGUCAUGUGGAACAUGUAUAUUGGACAUGGAUCAUCACUGCCCAUUUAUUGGGAACUGUGUUGGUGCAGGAAACCACCGAUACUUCAUUGCCUUCCUUAUUUCGGCUGUCAUUAGUACAAUUUAUGUCUCAAUCAUGUCUGCCUAUGUAGGGUUGCAUGUUUGGCCCCCACUGAAAUACAGGGCUCUUGGCCAUCUAUAUGGAUUUAGCAGUGAUUUGGCUCUGAGAACUAUGAAGGAAAUUAUUCUUGCACUAUUAAGCUCUGCAGCGUUUCUGUCAGCAAGAGGGCUUGUUCUUGUUUAUCUCUUUUUUGCAUCUGUUUCUGUGGAGAUUGGAUUAAGUGUGCUAUUGUGGCAGCAGCUGUGUUUCAUCUAUUCGGGAAAAACAUACUUGAGCAAUCUUAGUUCAGGGGGUGCUGAAGGCAGUGGAGAAAGAGAUAUCCAGAAUCUUCUUCGUUUCUUUGGUUGCCCAUAUUCUUGUAUGAGAUACUUGCCAACUUUUUAUAAUGUUAGGAAGUGGCACAAAAAGUGAGCAGAAAUGCCCAAACUGUUCUGUUCAAUUUUGCCCUUAAUUUAGUCCUGCAAUGGGGGCACAAGGUUGAUUUGGUCUUUAUUUUGUCUAUAUAGCUGCUUUAGGUACUGAAUGUACAUUAAGUUUCGAAUUCUGUUAUUAAAAAAAAAAUAGAGCUCGAAUCUCUUAAUUGCA